CAGUCAUCUACUACCUAACCGUCGUAGGAGCCGGCCACGCCGCACGUUCGACCGGCCAGCCGCACCGUACAGUGCAGCAUUAACACGCAGUCGCAGUCGCACCUACAAGUGCUACAACUGACGGCAUCCCAAGCACUGUUGCCGAAACCCAUGUCAUACAAGCUCACCGGGGCGUUGUCGUGCAGAUGGAGAAAUAACACUUCUAUCUCGUUUGUCGCCAAGUCGGGUAAUAACACUUGCUGCAUCUGUUGGUAAAAUAGCUUCCUCGUCUUGGUAUCGGAUUUAUCUAGAGGGAACCUACAGCUAACAUAGCAAGCGCAAAAAAAAGUAACUGUAGAAAAUAAUUCGGGGUCCUACCAUGGAUAUGAUCGGCGAUCAGCUCUGUGGGAAAAAAAUGAUGGCAUGAUGGAUGGAUGGAAGAAGAAACGACGAGAGUCCGGGGAAAGAGGACCCCUCCUCUCUCAGCUUUGCUCGGCUGGCAAGUAUCGGAAUUCGCAUUCCCCUCCUCCUCCUCCUCCUAUGGGCUCCCCUCUCGACUACCCGCCUGCAAAUCACUGGCAUCUGGACUGGCGACCUGUCAGUUUCCAUGUUCCUGAUCUUGGUCAUCACCGAGUCCUCGCCAAGAAUGAUAAUCAUUCUCAUGCCAUCUAUCUAUCGCCAUGCAUAACAACAGAACCCCUUUCCGCGGCUUUUGACUGUUCAUCAUUUCCCAUGCAUAAGACUACUGUACCUGUGGAUGAUCACUGGACCCUGUUUCAGAAGUGCAUGAACUUCAGUUACCUCUUUCGCAAUUCGCACAUAAAGCCGGAAUGCGGCAUACAGAUCGGCAAAGACGGCUUUCCCAAAAAGACGAACAAAGUCAAUCGAGCUAGGUACCUACACACCAUUGCCACUUUCAACUUUGGACUCUCCAGUACCCCUCCUCGGCAAACCCACCAGGCACACAACAGACACAGCCCAGCUGUUUUCCUAGUUCGUUCUGUCCAGAGUAUCAAUAAGUAUGGGGUAAAUGUGGUAGGACAAGAUCUCUGCUGUGAUCAGACCCAAUUGAUAAAAAGUGUCAAGUUUCCGCAGAAAGGCGUGAAAAAGCAAAACAUCAAUCACAGGUUCACGAUUGGGCUUGGUGUGGUGAACUGGACUCGACCUGACCUAUCAGAUGCGUUCGUUGGUCGGUUAGAGGUAGCUUAUCACCCACCGUGGUACCUCUAUGUGGACUACCUAAGGUACGACAAAUACUAUUACUCUUGUCCCCCAGCAAAGUUGGGGAUUGGAAACAUUCUCAAACAACUCUUGCGACGCGCACACUACCUCACUACGUACCUGGUAGUCAACCUUAUAGGGCCGCCUGGCCCCAUUUCGUCUUGGCAGUUUUGUAGCUUUUGCUCGGCUUCCUAG